CCCUACGGUUCAGGGAGUGGGGGGUGCGGCACCUGGAGCGGUCCAGGCCGCGGGGAGUGCCCCGCGUGGAAAUGGCCCGCGGGAGAGAUCCGAGAUCUGCAUCAAGUCUGAACACGGGGCAGAUCCUGCCCUACUCUCUUUAGGGGACGGGUCCCCAUCCCACCUCAUCAUGUCUCGUCGAAGCCAGCGCCUCACCCGCUACUCCCAGGGGGACGAUGACGGCGGCAGCAGCAGUGGCGGGAGCUCAGUGGCGGGGAGCCAGAGCACCCUGUUUAAGGACAGUCCUUUCCGGACCGUGAAGAGGAAACCCGGCAGCAUGAAGCGCCUCUCCCCGGCGCCCCAGCUGGGCCCCUCGGACACACACACCUACUACAGCGAGUCCGUGGUCAGGGAGUCCUACUACGGCAGCCCCCGGGCCGCCUCCCUGGCCCGGAGCUCCAUCCUCGAUGACCAGCUGCACAGUGACACCUACUGGAGUGAGGACCUGCCGGUGAGGAGGAGGAGAGGCACCGGGGACACCGAGAGCAGCAAAAUCAACGGGCUGGUGCGGGCCAAGCUCUCCGAGGACUUCCCGGGGUCCUCCUCCGGCUACUCCUCUGAGGACGACUUCGUAGGGUACUCACAGGCGGCCCAGCAGGGCUCCGGCUCACGGCUGAGGGGCACGGUCUCGCGGGCAGGCUCUUUCUUCUGGACGGUGGUCACCUUCCCAGGCCGGCUCUUCGGACUCCUCUACUGGUGGGUCGGCACCACCUGGUACCGCCUGACCACGGCUGCCUCCCUCCUCGAUGUGUUCGUUCUAACCAGGCGCUUCUCGUCCCUGAGGACUUUCCUGUGGUUCCUCCUGCUGCUGCUGCUCCUGACAGGCCUGACCUACGGUGCCUGGAAUUUCUAUCCCUACGGCCUGCACACGGUCCACCCCACCUUGGUUUCCUGGUGGGCAGCGAAGGGCAGCAGCCAGCAGCAUGAGGUGUGGGAGCCCAGAGAUGCCCCACAUUCCCAGGCUGAGCAGCGCAUUCUGUCCCGGGUGCAUUCCCUGGAGCGGCGCCUGGAAGCCCUUGCCGCCGAGUUUUCCUCCGCGUGGCAGAAGGAGGCCGUGCGCCUGGAGCGCCUGGAGCUGCGGCAGGGAGACCCCGCCCUCCCGCUGUGCCCACAGGAAGAGCUGGUCUCCCUGAGAGCAGAGCACCAGCAGGACGCAGAAGACCUCUUCAAGAAGAUUGUCCGGGCCUCCCAGGAGUCUGAGGACCGACUCCAGCAGCUGAAGUCCGAGUGGCACAGGAUGACCCAGGAUUCCUUCCGGGAGAACUCCAUGAAGGAGCUGGGGCGGCUGGAGGGCCAGCUGGCAGGCCUGCGCCAGGAGCUGGCAGCCCUGGCCCUGAAGCAGAGCUCGGUGGCGGACCAAGUGGGCCUCCUGCCGCAGCAGCUCCAGGCCGUGCGGGAUGACGUGGAGUCCCAGUUCCCUGCCUGGGUCAGUCAGUUCCUUCUCCAAGGUGGGGGGGCCCGCUCGGGGCUCCUUCAGCGAGAGGAGAUGCAGGCUCGGCUGCAGGAGCUGGAGGGCAAGAUCCUCAGCCACGUGGCCGAGAUGCAGGGCAAGUCGGCGAGGGAGGCGGCGGCCAGCGUGGGGCUGAGGCUGCAGAAGGAGGGCGUGGUCGGGGUGACGGAGGAGGAGGUGCACCGCAUCGUAAACCAGGCCCUGAAGCGCUACAGUGAGGACCGCAUCGGGAUGGUGGACUACGCGCUGGAGUCCGGAGGGGCCAGUGUGAUCAGCACCCGAUGUUCCGAGACCUAUGAGACCAAGACGGCCCUCCUCAGCCUUUUCGGCAUCCCCCUGUGGUAUCACUCCCAGUCGCCCCGCGUCAUCCUCCAGCCAGAUGUGCACCCAGGCAACUGCUGGGCCUUCCAGGGGCCUCAGGGCUUUGCCGUGGUCCGCCUCUCUGCGCGCAUCCGCCCCACUGCUGUCACCUUAGAGCAUGUGCCCAAGUCCUUGUCACCCAACAGCACCAUCUCCAGUGCCCCCAAGGACUUUGCUGUCUUUGGGUUUGAUGAAGACCUGCAGCAGGAGGGGACGCGUCUUGGCCAGUUCACCUACAACCAGGACGGGGAGCCCAUCCAGACAUUCUAUUUUCAGGACCCCAAAAUGGCCACAUACCAGGUGGUGGAGCUGCGGAUCCUGACUAACUGGGGCCACCCUGAGUACACCUGCAUCUACCGCUUCAGGGUGCAUGGGGAGCCUGCCCACUAGGCGCCCCUGCACUGCUGCCAGCCAGCGGGGAGGCCCGCCACGCCCCUUCUCCGGGUGUCGGGGAGCAGCACCCCUGCGCUUCCCCACAUGCUUGAUCAGCGCACUGACUUCCGGGAGCAGGAACCCUUGCCCCGUGGACAUAGAAUGUGCCGGGCUUUCCCGGCAGCGGCAGCUCCAGGGCUCAGCUGGCUCCAGUCUUUCCAUCCUUCGUUCUCACGCCGGGCACCAGGGUCUGCGUCCCCUCCUGGGAGGCUGUACAUAUGUAGCAUAUCAUGUGGGACUGAGGCAGGGGAGGUGACGCGUGGACACGUCCAGCAGCCGUGGGCAAGACCUGACUGCCCCUUGCCCACGGCGGAGGGGCUGGGUCCCAGGAAGCUCUGUUGGGAGGUGUGUGGUGUGUGAUGCACAUGCCAAAGCCACGGGGGCAUGUUAGGGCUCGUGGCAGGGAACUGAGGCCCCGUGGGAGGAGGGUGCCCGCAGUUCCGGUUGGGACGGCUGCAGGCAGGAAGCUCCUGGGAGCGGGCGGCUGGGCUCUUGCUGAAGCCAGUUCCAUUGACCCGGGGAGCUUGGCCCACAGGGUCCUCCAAGGGCUUCUAUACACUGUGCUUGUCUGGCGUGAGGUGGGCCGUGGGGCUUUUUGUACCCUAGGUCUGCUCCUGGGAUCCUCAGAGGGACCCCUCUGCUGGGAACGCUAGUUGUUUCUGCUCCUCUGAUGCGGGGAUGGGGCCUGCCUGUCCCUGGCACGUUUGCCACAUCCCCCAGGGUGCAGGGAGCCCAGCUGAAAGGGUGCAGGCAGAGGACUCCCUGGCUCCCCUGGUGGCCCAGUGAUGUCAGGGUGAUAUUCAGGGUGUCAUGAUGGGAGGACUGACUUGUGCCCCAUCUCAAUCCGGCCCCUGGGUCAGGGGCCCUCACCCUCGGCACCCGCUCAGGGCUCUUCCAGCUCUUGCUCAGUCGCUUCCUUUCUGGCUUUUUUCUAUGGGGGGUGGGGGUGAGGGGAGGGCAGGGGCGGGGGCAGGGUUUUUUGCCUCAGCUGGCCCUGCUGUUAUUAUGUAAACACUUUUCAAGGUCAUUUUUUUAACUGAAAAGCUAAGAGCUUGAUUCCUAGCCCCGUUCUGUGGGGUGCUGGGUGAUUUCAGUUCCGUGUAACCCGGAUGCCAAGAGGGGCUGCCAUGCAGGCAGGCGCCCUCCCGAGGGCGGGACCGCACACCUCUGCCCAGCUCUUCUGUCACAAAUGCUGCACCAUUGGGCUCUUACUGUUCUUAUCUCCAGAUUCUAAUUUAUACCUAUGCAAAGAGUAAAUUAUGCCCGGGACUCAUGGAA